UGAAUUGUUGCUAUGGUGAAAUUGAUUACUCCACAUGUGCUGGACACAGAAAAUGCAACGUGAUCUAUCAUACAGAGCUUUAUCAGGACUUUAAUAUACAUUUUCAAUAAACAAGAAAAUUUUUUACUAACACAAUAAUGACUUUGUCUUUAACGAGGAUUGACUACACAGCAGUGGGUUCCACUUCUCGUGGAACGACACGAUUGUUGCCUACAUCAGAUCCGAAACAACAAACUCAGAGAUUUGUUGUAGGUGAUCACGAUGGAAUUCUACACAUAUGUGGAAUAAAAAAAGACGAGCUGCAAAUUAUAUUUAAAUCCCUACCGGGGCCAAAAGUUAUUGGAAUCUCGUUGGGAGGUGUACUCGGGACUCAGAAGGAUAAAAUAUUUGUUGCCGUUGGCAAUUCAGUCAAGGGAUACACUAGAAGAGGAAAAGUCUUUUUAGAAUUUGAUACAAACUUACUAGAACCCAUUUCCACAAUGUGCGUUCUGGGACCAGAUCUAUCAGCAUGUGCUAAGGAUUUGUACCACCGGUAUCAUGAUUGUCGGGAUGCUGACACGUACUUGGUUGGAGAGAGAAUAAUGGAUGUUCUACUUUUACCAGGCGAAGGUUCCGCUGUUGUUGCCAUUCUUGCCUGCGGAGAUUGUGCUGUACGAGUUCUCCAUGGCGGCAAGACACCGACGUUGCUCAGAUUAACCAGCAUACCAACGAUUUUGAUGCCUUACAGAGAAGCUGACAUUGAAUCCAAAGAUCGUAUUUUAGUGGGUACAACAGAUGGUAGAGUUGGUUUGCUCACGCUUCAAAGGGAUAAAACUCUGAGAGUAACCUGGCUACUUAGCAAUAAUGGAGCAGAAAUCACAUCUUUAGACACUUAUGAGUUGCAGGAUGGUGUAGAUAUUCUUGUUGGAAGACAGAAUGGAAUUAUAGAAGUAUUUGCAUUUCCUGAAGAGGAUGAUACCGCACCUGUAUUGAGAUUUCGGCAUAAUUGUGGCGAAAGUAUCAGUACAGUAGUAGGAGGUAUAGUUGGAACUGUGGGUUAUCCAGAAGUUUUAGUGACCACAUAUUCUGGGCGAAUAUUCGGUCUGACAACAAAGCCACCUGGGUUGUUACAGGCAGACCAGGAUGUCGGACUGAUGACAAAACUGAAAUUAGAAAUCGACCAAUUAGAACAAAAAAAAAACCAACAAAAGGAGUCCUUUGACGUGCCAGUCGAUGCUUUAGCACCACCAAUACUGAACGUUAAUCAUAGGAUGCUUAUCAACAAGGAAAAUGCGUCCUACACUUUAUCCGUUGAAUUAGAAACCUCGAUUGAUAACAUACUACUUCAAUCGGAUACUCCUGUGGAUUUACUCGAUGUUGAGAGUAACAGUGCCGUUGCUAGUUUGUCAGCAUGUGAUCCUAAAUCAGGAAACUAUGUUUUGGCUACCUAUAGAUGCCAGAUCAACACCAAUCGUCUCGAUUUGAGAUUGCGGACAAUUGAAGGACAGCCUGGAUGCUUGCACAUCUAUGUAACAUCGCAGGUACAACCAAAAUGCUGUCGGCGAAUACAAAUUCCAAUCCAUGCAUUAUCUUUCCAUUCAAGAAUUCACAAAGAUGAAAAUACUGUGAUAAUGGGAGGUCCAUUUAAUGAACUGAAUUUGCGUGGUUCUUUCACUGCUGCUGAGAUUCAUGCUUGGCUUUUGUUGGCCCUUCCCGACAUACCUGAAAGACCUCAUUUGGAAGAUGGCGAAGGCACUUUAAUAUUUACAUCAACCUUUGUUGGAACUAUGUUGAAAUGCAAUUACAAAAAAGGUAAUGCGAUAUUUCUGGGAGAAAAUAUAUCAAGUAUUAUUAUUCUGCGAGAUGUAUUAGCCGGAGAAGCUACUAAAAGAAAAAUACGGUUGGACGUUUUCUGUAAUAUCGCCAAUGGAAGUAUUUCCAGGGUAUUGGAGUUAGUCCUACCUCGAAUUGAGGCAGCGCAAGCACUAAAGGAGAAAGUUAAAAUUCUUGAUGCAUUACAAGAGUGGGAGCUAAAUACUAAUCCAGAGCAACUUUGUCCAAAGUAUCAAGAAUUACUUAAAAAUGAAUCAAAUCUUCGAGCUGAGCUUAUAAAAGAUCCCGAGAUGCUGCAGAGGUUGUAUGGAACGAUUACUGACUUGUACGUUGAUUGGGAGCGAGCCAAAGGUGGUCAAAAAGUAACGAGCAAAGCAGCAACAGAGAAACUAAGACCAGCAUUAGAAUCGAGGGAUCUUACGCUGCUGCUACAAAUUUUCAGUGGUAACAAUAGUGCUGCUGGAACACCUGUUCCGCCAUUGGAACAAAACUAAGACUCCUAAUAAAAUGAAGAGACAGAUGAAGAUUAGUGUAUAAAUGUGUCUGUGUAAAAAAUAUAUUUUUCAACAUUGAAUUUCCACAUAAACAACUAAUUAGUUUACGUUUGAAAACAUGAUAUAGAAUUUUAGGAUUAUAGUUCUUUACAUAACUAAACCUAUGACGUAGCAUAGGUUUGUGUGUAUAGGAUUUUCAAAUACAGAAUUUCCAAUUAUAUCCCAAAAUCUGUGUUGACCUGCGUCCAUUAUUAUUUGGUUUUAAAUUACGACACUAGUCUGAAUAUACAUUAAGAAAAAAAACUCAUGUUCACUAUAUAUAUAAAUUUCACUGAUUGUAGUCUUAUGUUUUUGAAGAAUAUUGCCCUGACCUGUCACCACUAAUUCUAAUUUAUCGAAACAAAGUAGGUUUCAUACGUUCCACAACUCUAAUGAAUCACGGUAGCAGCCUCAAUUCGUUCAUUAAUUUAAUUAUUUAUUCAUGCAAUAUGCAAGAAUGAUCAACAGCCUCGAUCGCCUUAAAUAGUUAAUAUUAAACAACUAAUUUAAA